AUGUGUUUGGGACAAAAUGUUUUUGUUGAAUUGAAAAACAUUCACAAAAAUGAUUCUGAUAAUGAUGACGAAGAGGAUGAUGACCAUGCUGGUAAUGACGACGAAGAGGAUGAUGACUAUUCUGAUAAUGAUGACGAAGAGGAUGAUGACUAUUCUGAUAAUGAUGACGAAGAGGAUGAUGACUAUUCUGAUAAUGAUGACGAAGAGGAUGAUGACUAUUCUGAUAAUGAUGACGAAGAGGAUGAUGACUAUGCUGAUAAUGAUGACGAAGAGGAUGAUGACUAUUCUGAUAAUGAUGACGAAGAGGAUGAUGACUAUUCUGAUAAUGAUGACGAAGAGGAUGACGACUAUGCUGAUAAUGAUGACGAAGAAGAAGAGGAUGACUAUUCUGAUAAUGAUGACGAAGAGGAUGAUGACUAUGCUGGUAAUGACGACGAUGAUGACGGCGGCCACUACUUUUAUGAGAAACGAAUAUACAAAUGUAAUGGUAUAAUGGUGAUGUAUUUUAUAAGAGAUCAACUGAAAAUGUUAAUGAUAAGAAG